GUCAAGUCCUACUCCAAGGCCCGGUCGUGGGUGCUGGGUAUCCUCCUUCAACAGCUCCUUCACGCCCAAGCCGAUUAUUCUGUUAGGUUAAUUGAUCAUUUUCAGUAUGCUAUGUUUUGUCUACUUGUGUUGAUGUGUUUCGGGGAUAAGCUCGACGAGGCUCAAAUCAAACAAAUUGAAGGUGUUCAGCGCAGGUUGCUCCUGGGUUUCCGACGAUUCAAUAUACUCAAUUUCUUACCCAGAGUUGGGAAAAUAAUCUUUAGGAAUCGCUGGAAGGAACUAAUUGAACUACGUCAAGAGCAAGAGAAGAUCUUCAUUCCUUUGAUUGAAGCUCGAAGUAUUAGGGCCAAAGAACAAAAGCCUGAGGAAGAAGUGGUGGCUUAUGUGGAUACGCUGUUGAAUUUGGAAUUGCCAGGGGAAAACAGGAGCCUCAAUUAUGGGGAAAUGGUUAGCCUCUGCAGUGAAUUCCUAAACGCCGGAACUGAUACGACGUCCACCGCCUUACAGUGGGUUAUGGCCAACUUGGUCAAAAACCCUUCCAUUCAGGGAAAACUAUAUCAAGAAAUUGCUAGUGUAGUGGGAGAGAAACAGAGCAAGUUGACAGAAGAGGUGGUAAAGGAGGACGAUCUGCAUAAAAUGCCAUACUUGAGAGCAGUGAUCUUAGAGGGUCUUAGGCGACACCCGCCUGGUCACUUUGUGCUGCCACAUACGGUGACAGAGGAAGUAGAACUGAAUGGCUAUGUUGUCCCGAAGAAUGCCACCAUCAAUUUCAUGGUUGCAGACAUGGGUUUGGACCCAAAGGUGUGGGAGGAUCCCUUGGAAUUCAAGCCAGAGAGGUUCUUAAUGGAGGGAUCAGAUAAGGAAGGGUUCGAUAUAACAGGAAGUAGAGAGAUCAAGAUGAUGCCAUUUGGCGCUGGUAGGAGAAUUUGCCCAGGCUAUGCUUUGGCUAUGCUUCAUCUAGAGUACUUUGUGGCUAAUUUGGUUUGGCAUUUUCGAUGGGAGGCUGUGGAGGGAGAUGAUGUUGAUCUUUCAGAAAAGCUAGAAUUCACCGUUGUGAUGAAGAAUCCACUUCGAGCUCGUAUCUGCCUCAGAGUUAACUCUAUUUGAAUUUGGUAAUUACUAGUUCUUUCUAUUUGCAUUGUUCCCUGUUGAUGGACUUCCCCCAUAUAGUACUGGAAGUUAGAGGGAGAAUGAU